UGUCAUUUGUCAUUCUGGUUCUAGACUUUCAGACUGCAGUAUCACUGAAGAAGGUUAUAAAGCUCUGGCUUCAGCUCUGAGAUCAAACCCUUCACACCUGAUAGAGCUGGAUCUCACAGGAAAUGAUCCUGGACAAUCAGGAGUGAAGGAGCUCAGUGAUUUACUACAAGAUCCAAACUGUCAACUCAAGACACUGAGGUUUUUGGGUCCUGCUGCAGAUGAAGCCUGUCAGUAUGUGACUGGAAUUGCGGGUAAAAACCCGUUACUCCUGAGAGAGCUGAAGCUGAGUGAACAUGAACUAGGAGACACACGAGUGAAUCAGAUCGCUGCUCUACUGCAGGAUAAACACUGUCAACUCAACACACUGAAUCUGUGUGAUUGCAGUAUUACAGAGAAACAGUGUCUCAUCCUGACUUCAGCUCUGAAAUCAAACCCAUCACACCUGAGAGAACUGAACCUGAGCUGGAAUAAACUAGGAGACUCUGGAGUGAAAAACCUCAGUGAUCUACUGAUGAACACACAAUUCAAGCUGGAGAAACUAGAUCUGUGUAGAUGCAGUAUUACAGAGAAACAGUGUCUCAUCCUGACUUCAGCUCUGAAAUCAAACCCAUCACACCUGAGAGAACUGAACCUGAGUGAGAAUAAACUAGGAGACUCUGGAGUGAAAAACCUCAGUGAUCUACUGAUGAACACACAAUUCAAGCUGGAGAAACUAGAGUUAAGCAACUGUGAAAUGACAGAUGAAGGUUGUUCUGCUGUGACUUCAGCUCUGAAAUCAAACCCAUCACACCUGAGAGAACUGAACCUGAGCGGGAAUAAACUAGGAGACUCUGGAGUGAAAAACCUUAGUGAUCUACUGAUGAACACGCAAUUCAAGCUGGAGAAACUAGAUCUGUGUGAUUGCAGUAUUACAGAGGAACAGUGUCUCAUCCUGACUUCAGCUCUGAAAUCAAACCCAUCACACCUGAGAGAACUGAACCUGAGCUUGAAUAAACUAGGAGACUCUGGAGUGAAAAACCUCAGUGAUCUACUGAUGAACCCACAAUUCAAGCUGGAGAAACUACAGUUAAGCAGGUGUGAAAUGACAGAUGAAGGUUGUUUUGCUGUGACUUCAGCUCUGAAAUCAAACCCAUCACACCUGAGAGAACUGAACCUGAGCUGGAAUAAACUAGGAGACUCUGGAGUGAAAAACCUCAGUGAUCUACUGAUGAACACACAAUUCAAGCUGGAGAAACUACAUAUGGAAAGAUGCAGUAUUACAGAGGAACAGUGUGUCAUCCUGACUUCAGCUCUGAAAUCAAACCCAUCACACCUGAGAGAACUGAACCUGAACUUCAAUCAAAUAAAAAACACAGGAGUGAAUCACUUAUGUAAUGUACUGAAGGAUUCACACUGUAAACUGGAGAGAUUGAGUCUUCAUAACUGUGGAAUUACAGAUGUUUCUACUUUAACUCAGUCUUUGACAAACACAAAAGCACUGCAGUUUCUAAAAGAGCUUGAUCUGAGUAACAAUAUGAUUGGAGACUCAAAGCAGCAGCUCAUUGAUGUGCUACGAGACUCAAACUGUGAACUGAGUGUAGAUACAGAUCCACCACCAAAAGUCCCUGAUAGAGUUAAAUCACCAAAAGAUGAUAAAUGCUGUAUAUCAUAAUGAAGUCGUCUUGAGAGGAGCAGUAAACAUCAGGUGAGGAUCCACAGAAGAGCUUCACUACUGUGUCUAUGAGGAGAAAGAAAUGUGUGAUAAAUGUGUGAAUGUGAUCCAUACAGGUGAAGAGACUCAGACUUUACAGUCAAAUAAUGCAGCAUGUGUGUUAGAAACAUGUGAUAUUGAAUGAUUAAUGUUGCUUUAGUAUUCAAGCAGAUGAUUAUUUUGUUUAAUUUAAAGCUGGAACAGAGGAGGAAGAAGCUCAGAUGAGUCUGUCUGGCUCUUCAGUUUAAUAAUAUUUGUAUUAAAAUCAUCCAUAAUGAUUUAGAUGUUUAAAUGUGUUUGUCAAGUGCAGCACUUUAAUGUUUCAAAAGAUCUAAAGCAAAUCUACGAUGUGAAAUUCCCAUGUUACUUAAAACAUUUUCAUGAUCUAUUAUUCUAUUUAAUUUCAUACUAAUUUAGCUAUGUGUCUGUGUUGCUAAUAUACAGAUGCACAAUCACAAAUCCUUAAACAGGAGUUUUUACACACAGUGAGUUUGUGCAGAACUGACUGACUGCUUCACUGAUUAUAAAUGCUGUGCUUUUUACUCUCUGUUUGUGUAAUUUAACGCAAUUUAAAGAAAAGUUUAUUUUUUUUUAUUUUUUUAAUGAUACUCUCAUUCAUAAGUAUAAAAAAAUUACAAAUAUAUUUUUACAGUAAAUGUUGUAAUGGUG